UAUAAGAGCAAGUUUAAUUAGUAAACACGUCUGUGAUGGGUGCACUAUCUAUUAUUCAGCCAGGCCGAAUUGAUCAUCCUUUGGUCUCAGCUAAUGUAAAGAGGUGACGUUCUGAGACCAAUACAUUCCAUUACAACAUUCAUAUUGAUGAGAUGACACCGAUGCUAUUUGAUAUAUAUGAGAUAUUCGGACUGGUUGUAGAUGGCGAGCCAGUUAUAUGUCGUCCUAUCAGUAACUUGCUAGAAUAGAUAGAAGGCAAUUUGGGUAUAGUCCCUGAUGGCAACCUGUCAGUCCGAAGGCAUACAUGGUUGAAGAGGAAUUUUAGAGAAUUACCACCUGAUGCAAUCGAUGUUCAAGUUUAUAGAUAUACUCGAACAUAUCUGCUCUUCCUUAUCAGCAUCACCAUAUUCGCUGAUGCAUCAGUUUCAACAGUGCCAAAAAGGUCCUUGCAAUUUUUGAAGAUAUUGAGGGAGCUAACAGAUAUGCUUGGGGUGCUGCAGCCUUUGCAUUCCUCUAUGCUGCAGCCUUUGUAUUCCUCUAUCGCUCUCUUGGAAAAGCUUGUACUUUCCAGCGAAGACAUUUUAGUGGUUCAACCACUCUCAUGCAGUACUGGUCGUAUGAGCAUAUUAUGCAUAUGAGGCCCAUACCGCAUAGUAUCUCUCCAAAUAUGCCUAGGGCCAAAAGAUGGGAGCCACCGAAGAAUUAUCAUGGCAAUCCACAUAACCUAAUGCUUUCCAUCGGACAAGAAUUUGAUAACCUCAAACCUAAUGAGAUGACAGGCAGGAGGCAUAUUAAUCUGCAAUGUGCAUACGACACUCAUAUUUGAUGAUAUUGAUGAGCCAUACAUGCCAAAUCAUGUACACCGGCAAUUUGGAGCUAAACAUGGCAUUCCUAUAAAUCUAAGAGGUCUAGCAGAUAAGGUGGACAACCAGAUUGACGAACUGUGAAUGCAAACAAAAUCCAACACUGGUUGACUCGCCAUGAUCGCAUGAUGCCUGAUAUUGAAGAAGAUACCAACAAUGGGUUGCCCUCAGAGGAGUACAAUGCCUGGUACAACCUAGUGUUUCAUCCUAUAAUGCAUAAUGUCGCUAACCUACCCAAAGACAUAUUGCAACCUCAUAAUAAGGAAAAAGAAGAUGUGGUUCUUGCUCAUGAACCAUGGUAUAUAAUGAGCCCUCGAGGUUAUGAGGACCAGUUGGUUAGUGCAGUUCAGGUAUCUACAAUCAUGUUAACAGAGGCACUUACACUUAAACAAAAGUGGUAUCCUGAAGUUUAUAAUUGCGUUAACAACGCAUUUGAAACGUUGCCUAAGUUUGUGCCUGUGGAUAUGGAUGACAUAGAAGCCAGGAUGGAAAAUUUACAACGUGAAUAUAAUGACGAAGGUGUACCUGACGUGGCUGGACAUGAUGUAGUGGUGAAAGUAGUCGGGCAGCAAAAGACCUAGCUCCAUCCACAAAACUUGCAGUUUAGGAUCGCAUAAGAUAUACUACACAAAAGAAACAGUAACAGUCUAAGAGAAAGGGAUCAGUGUAAUGAGGGUUUGACCUUUGUAAUGUAUUAGAACACUUGGUCAUUAUAACCGUUGUAAUGUAUUGGUCAUUUUGAUCCACCCAAUUUGUUGAAUGAAUAUUGUUAAGUAGAA